ACAGAGUCAUACGGAUUGUACAAGUGGGGACACUAACUUCUGGGUGGAGCAUUAAAACAACUGGUCAUGGAAGAUCUGGCGGAAACAUUAUUCGAGGACUUUGAGAACUACUCCUAUUUGGAAUAUUCCUCCCCAGAGUCUGAUCUGGAAGAGCAAGUCCCCCUGGGACUCGUUCACUGGGUCUCUCUGGCGUUAUACUGUUUAGCAUUUGUUCUGGGCAUCCCAGGAAAUGCCAUUGUCAUUUGGCUCACGGGUUUCAAGUGGAAGAAGACAGUCACCACUCUCUGGUUCCUCAACCUGGCCCUUGCGGAUUUCAUUUUUCUUCUCUUCCUGCCCCUGUACAUCUCCUAUAUGGCCAUGAACUUCCACUGGCCCUUCGGCGUGUGGCUGUGCAAGGCCAAUUCCUUCAUUGCGCAGCUGAACAUGUUUGCCAGCGUUUUCUUCCUCACGGUGAUCAGCCUGGACCGCUACAUCCAGUUGCUCCACCCGGCCGUGGCCCAUCGGCACCGAACGCUGAGGAACUCCCGGGGGGUCACCGGACUCAUUUGGCUCUUGGCCUCCCUCGUCGGUGGCCCUUCCCUGUACUUCCGGGACACUGUGGAGGUCAACAACCACAUUGUCUGCUAUCACAACUUCCACGAGCACGACCCCGACCUCACUUUGAUGAGGCACCGUGUUCUGACCUGGGUGAAAUUUAUCCUUGGGUACCUCUCCCCUCUACUGACAAUGAGCUUUUGCUAUUUGUGUCUCAUCUUAAAGGCGAAGAAGCUCAACAUCCUGGUGUCUAACAGGUAUUCCUUGACCAUCCUGGCUGUGGUCCUGGCCUUUCUGAUUUGCUGGACCCCUUAUCACCUGUUCAGCAUUUGGGAGCUCUCCAUUCACCAGAGUAGCUAUUCCCACUGGGUGCUGCGGGCCGGCAUCCCCCUCUCCACUGCUUUGGCAUUCCUCAAUAGCUGCCUGAAUCCCAUCCUUUAUGUCCUAAUUAGUAAGAAGUUCCAAGUGCGCUUUCGAGCCUCGGUUGCCGAGAUACUCAAGUACACGCUGUGGGAAGUCAGCUGUUCUGGCUCCGUGGGCGAGCAGCUUAGGAACUCGGAAACCAAGAACUCGUGUCUCCAGGAAACAGCCCAGUGAAAUACUACUCUUCCACAAAUCAGUGGAAGGCUUUUGUGUGGGCCCCCUGACGGAUGCUUUCAGAUUAUUUGGUUCCAAGAUCCAGAGCUGACCAUAGCUUUUUGUUGUUUUUGGUCAGUUUGUUGGCAUCACAUUGUGUGUGGAUAUAAAAUUUAGGAAAGAUCUUCAUUUUCCCCCCCUGCAACUUAAAUUAUGCGUCAUCCUUUCUAAUUAUACCAUAGUAGAUUAAUCACUGCUGUUGAGGCAAUGUCAGUUAUUGUUUUAAAAUCUUAAUAACUUUCUCUAAGUCCUAAAUCUUAAUAGUAAACAUAUGAUUAACUCAUUUCAAAAAUGGUAAAAUAAGUUUGCUUAAGGUCACUUUAAUUUUGCGCAAGUAACCUAUCAGACAAAUUCUUAAAAUGCAACAUGUGUACUUCAUUUCAUGUAAUCUUGGUAUAUACAUUGAUGAAUUAAACUAAUAGUUGGUUA